AUGGGUAUUCUUAACCCAUUAUUCUUAGGAACCCUCAAAACAGGUAUCGCUGGCCCAUCAUACUCUACGAUUAUCGCAGAUGGAGUUCCCGGAAUCAUAUUAACGAUUUUAUUCUUCUGUGGCAAAUUUGGUGUUAAGCCAAAACUGAAUGGACUUCUCAAACCAUUCAGCCAUUCCACGUACCAAGCUUUACUCACAGGAAGUUCCCAACUUAUCUCUCAAGUUUCCUCAUAUAUUCCUGGUAUUAUUUUGAGGAGAUUUAUCGGAUUGAGUUUACCUGAAGCAAAAGAAUAUGACUUAGCCAUGGCUGCAUUCAAUGUUGUCUGUCGAUGCACAGGUGUAGCAGUUGCUGUUGUUAUGGCUUUGUGUACUGGAUUCCUUCCAGCAGCUUCUUAUGCUUAUGCAGCUCAUUUGUAUUCGAGAUACAUCAGAUUGGCAAUUCAUUUGAAUUGGAUUGAUUUUCUCUGGUGUUUGAUUGUUUUUAUUUUCGGUAUGUGGUUCCCUGUACAGAUUGGUUCGAUUUUUGGAAGUGGAGAAGAAUAUUUGAGAUGGAAUGUCAAAGAACUUCCAGCUGCGAACUGGGGAACAAUUGUUUUCUUCUGCAGAUACACGAUACAAUCAAUGUUGCAGUCUCAACAGAGAGGAAAGAGAGCCAUGGUCAUUUCUUUCAUUUCUAACUUUAUUGUUACAAUUGCUUCGAGUUAUGUUUUGUAUUUAUUGUAUCCGAAGAAGACAGAGAGACUUCUUUGGUCAUUUAGUUUGGCUUCUGUUGUUGGAUUCAUUUUAGGAUCUAUUUUGCUUAUUAAACCUUUCGCAGAAAUCGUCAGAAAGAGAAAUAAUCCAGAGCUUGACAAAGAAGACGAUAAAGAAAAAGUUGAAUCAUCUGAAAGUGGUGAUGAAAAGUUGAAUAUGAUGGGAAAUUCAGACAUGAGUUCUUCUUCAACACCAGAUAUUCCUUCUUUAUAA